UACCUGCUGCUGCUUGUCCGCGGAUUACGCUGCUCCCCACGUUAAAUUUGAGCAGUAGAGUAAUUCCUUUAUUAUCUAUGGCAAAGGGGUUAUUGGGAAAUGACGAAGCCUUUGCUCGAUUUGGUCGGAGAAUUGGAUGGUCUUUAGCCAAAGAUAUGGAGAAAACUAUACUUCCGAAUAUCGAAUUAUUGAAGAGCUAUGGUGUGCCUAUGGAACGCAUCAUUAAAUUCAUAUAUACUUUUCCAAGGUCUUUGAUGGUUAAGCCAGAAAACUUUAUGAAGUUUGUGGAAAAGGCUGAGGAAAUGGGGGCUGAUAGAAAGUCCCAAAUGUUUAUUUACUCGGUUCGAUCUGUAAGCCAAAUGUCCUGCAAGACUUUGGAGCUGAAACUUCAGACUUUACGGCAAUUUGGAUUUUCGGAGAGUGACAUACGUGCAACAUUUCAGAAGUCACCAUAUGUGUUUUCUUCCUCUGUGGAUAGAUUAAAGAGAACAAAAGAUUUUCUUCUUGCUACCGGGAAGUAUGAUAUGUCUUGCAUUGCGAAGAAUCAUACGGCUCUGUUGUACAGCAUUGAACAGAGGUAUAUGCCGCGGUGUAAGACUUUACAAGUUUUGGAAAGUAGGAACCUUCUUGAAAAAUGGCCUUCUCUCAACAUGCUUUCCCGGAUGUCGGAUGACAAGUUUUUUCUGAAAUUUGUGUAUCCUUAUUUAAGCGAACUCAACAAUUUGUAUCCUACAGUGAGUUCUAUGGGAGGUGUCAACGAAGACACUAAAGUUAGUUAGAGCAUUGGUUCAAGAAUUGGAGAUCGUUGUAGUCAAUAGCUUACGAGUGAUCGGGGGCUAUUGUGAUGGCUGUUAUGGUACGUAUUGAAGGUAAAUUAAUGCUAAUGGAUAUGUAGUUUUAUUGUGUGCCAUAUCUAUUGGUGUUUGAGAUGUCUCUAAUUUGAUCACCUGAUUUAUGUAGAUUCUUACACUUCAAAGCAGUUUUUCAUAGUUAGAGAUUGCUUUUAGCAUCGACUUUUUCUUGUUACCUUAGGCUCUGUUUACUUGAUGAUUAAUUUUCAGUUUCUUUACAAUUUACUAUCUUAUUAUUCCUUUUAAAAUUAUAUAUUUCGCAAAACAUCACAUUCAGCCCACUAUUCUAUUAUAACAAAAAGAAAUUUUUAAAAAAAAAAAGAAAAGAUCAAGACCUCCUUGCGAUCGUAUUUCUUAAUUUGUGGCAAUCGGGGAUCAGAUCUUGUGUUUCUUACUAUGAUAGCAAUAUUGCCAUUUCACACCACAUAACUUUGAAUCUUGUGGCUUUCGAUAUUUGAUGUAUUUAUAUAACUUAGGACUUUGCUAUAGACCUUUCUCUCAUAAAUGUGCACGAAACUUUCAAACACGCAAAAGUGCGAAAUGACUGAUCGGAUAGCCACGGUCUUGGGAGUUGUCGCUUUUAGGCUGGGAAGAUUCAUGAGUAGCAGCAGCAUCUCAUGUACAUGAAAUAGUCAAAAUAGUAGAGUGCCAUUUAAGUGAACUGAACUCCUAUUGUUACUUCUCUACUCUGUAAUUAGACCCUUUGUUUUGUUUUGUUUUGUUCUUUUCCUUCAUGGUGAUGUUCAUGUCGCUAAUGGAUAUGCUGGGGAGAGAUUCCAUAGUUGUAAGCAUAAUGUUGGGAUGUUGAUCGAGAA